ACAUAUAAAACCCAGAGCACACAAGUGUUGUUUUGUUUCGGUCUUUCUUUCUCACACAAUCUGGGAACAACACACACAAACCAUUCCCUUUUCUCGCUCCGGCAAUGACCACCCAAGCUUCCACCUUCGCCGUCGCCGUUCCCUCCGUCACAACCCCCUUCCGCAGCCACCGGAAUCCCUUCGUUGUUCGAGCCCAAGCGGAACCUUCAGAUAAAUCCGUUGAAAUUAUGAGGAAAUUCUCAGAGCAAUAUGCUCGUAAAUCAGGAACAUACUUUUGUGUUGACAAAGGAGUCACUUCUGUUGUUAUCAAGGGGUUGGCUGACCAUAAAGAUACGUUGGGUGCACCACUGUGCCCUUGCCGGCAUUAUGAUGAUAAAGCUGCUGAGGUUGCACAAGGAUUUUGGAAUUGCCCUUGUGUUCCCAUGAGAGAGAGGAAGGAAUGCCACUGCAUGCUAUUUCUCACUCCUGAUAAUGAUUUUGCUGGCAAUGAACAGACUAUCACCUUGGAUGAAAUUAAAGAAUCAACAGCCAACAUGUAACAGAUUAUUGUGUAUUGAGUUACUGUUAAAUUUUUACGGGCUGUAUGCUUUGAAAGACAAGUGAAAAGAAAGGUGUAACGAUAUGUAGGUAAUAUAUUUGUAUUUACCGAAAAUCAGAUGUAAUUUUUCUAACUGCAUUUCUAUCUUACUCUGUAUCACAAAUCUCAUUCACCUCUCCAUUUCAUUU